GAUUUGGAAUUAGUAAAACUUUUCGCGUUCUUAACUUGCCUUUACUUUGGUUCGUGGCGUAGACUUUAAGCGCUAGUGGAAACUGUGAUAUCAACAAGAGAUAUUACGCAUUUCCAAAAGCCAUUUCAUAAUUUGGGUUUCUAUAUUAGCGUAAUACAGGUUUCACAUCCGCAACCCUUGUUAUUGUCAUCAACGCCUGCGACUGAAAUGAUAUAAAGUAUCUCAAUUUCCGAUUCUACACUCGAUACAGCAAGUCCACAAUAACUGCACCGGAUUCAAUAGACACAUACUUGCUAUAACCCAUAGCAUAUUUUCCAAGAACUUUCAGUACUGUUAAAGUCUCGCCGAUACGUCUUAUACAACAGCUCUCAAAUCGCAUCCUUCAAUAUGCUCACCCUUUACUUUCUCCAGUCUUCGAGGGCAAUCCGAUCCGCAUGGCUCCUCGAAGAGCUCAAUGUUCCGUAUGAGCUAAAGUUCGCCAACCGCCAGGCAGAUGGCACUGUUCCUAAAGAGCUUGGAGUGCCUACAGCAGUUGGAAAGUCCCCGGCAAUUCAAGAUGGUGACAUCAUCCUCGGCGAGUCUGGCGCAAUUUCUGAUUAUAUUUGUGAACAAUACGAUGCGCAACAUCAACUCCUACCUACCGACCCAAUUAAGCGCGCCAAGGUCCGUGAAUUCAUAUGGGCCUCUGAAGCCAGCCUCAUGCUUCAUAUUGAGGUAUUCUUUGGUGCCAAAGGCUCUGUCUCGCCAGAGGUUGAGGCAAAGCUACUGAAACCUAUCCAAAAUGACAUGGACUGGCUUGAAAACGCGCUAUCAAGGACCUCGACUAGGUACAUUGCUGGGAAUGAGGUUACGGCAGCGGAUAUAAUGAUGGCCUUCCCCGCACAAGUUAUACUUUUUUAUAAACUUGGCACAGAGGGCAAGUCUUGGCCAAAGAUUGAGCAGUGGCUCCAGAAUUUGGAGGCUGGAGAAGGUUAUCAGCGAACUCUGAAACGCACAGGCCAUCAUCUUUAGUCGCUAUCCAAUAAUUAGAUGAUAGGAGAAUAUUUCCUCAGUACCUUAUACAUUGUAAUUACCGUAACCAUGACCAGGGAUCCUUGAUCGCUUGAUUUGGAGGUACCAACCCAUGUGACGACGUCGCCUGAGACAGCAUUCCCUGGCCACCAUAAGGCUAAAAAUAUUUUUUCAGCAUAGUGGUGAGGCUCGGAAGCCCAGAUGAAAGUGUUAUAUAAGUUUGAAAGGCGCAAAGAGGUCAUGGUGGUGCUGUAAGUCAAGGGGGUUCUGUUAUACUUCGAAUUGACACCCUCUGCAAUUAGGCGUGACAGCGACAACGUGAUCGUAAAUUUUA